AAAAUGCGUCUCCUAACCAUGCUCGGCAUCGUAAUUGCUGCGAUAUCGUCUACAAUGUACCUUCUGGAAUCUCACCUGGAAAAGUUCUACAUCUUCACGCCCUCCAACCUCCACCAAUUAUCCUUGGAAGCAAUCUCUCUCCACGGCAACGACACCGCCUCGGUAGUGUCUCACAUCGUUUCUUCCCUGAGCAGUACACAUCCAGCGUACGUGAAUCUCGACGAAGAAUGGGUCUUCAACAAUGCAGGUGGCGCCAUGGGCGCAAUGUACAUUAUCCAUGCCUCCAUCACCGAGUACCUGAUCAUCUUCGGUUCCGCUGUCGGCACCGAAGGCCACAGUGGGCGACACACUGCUGAUGACUACUUCAUCAUUCUUCGCGGCGAGGAGCUAGCCUACACACCAGGCAAGGGCAUGUAUGAGCCGGAGAGAUAUCCACAGGGCACCGUGAAUCAUAUGAAGAGAGGCGUGGUGAAGCAGUACAGGAUGGAAACUACAUGUUUUGCGCUAGAGUAUGCAAGGGGUUGGAUACCGCCCAUGUUAUUCUUUGGAUAUGCUGAUACGUUUUCGAGUACGUUGGAUUUCCCGACUUUAUGGAGGACAACAUGGAUCACCGGGAAGCAGAUGCUUGGGAAUUUGGCAAUUGGAAAGCUUUGAGAAAGUUUGUGAAUGGAUUCUGGAGCGGGAGAGUAGUGGUGGCGUGGUAAUGUGUAAUCGAUAUUCUUGUAUAGCCUGGCCUAAAGGUUCGGUAAUCUAUUGCGUACCCCUAGCUCUCUACUGGCGAGACUAUGUUGGAGGUUAGGUAUUGAAUUGUUAGUAACACAAACCCCAUAAACGGAAGCAGGGGAUACCAAUACAUCGG